UAAAGUGCUGAAUAUUUUUAAAUAAGUACACUUUAAAUAUUUUCUCUGGCAUUUGAUUUGUGAUUAGGAAUACAAGAGACUCCUUCUGGUGGAUAAUACACCAAACCAAAAAAAAAAAAAAGAGGAAAAAGAAAAGAAGUUAAGAUGUCGAAGGCAAAGACUCAGCAACCACAGGUUAUACACAAAGUGAUAAUGGUAGGGAGUGGAGGUGUGGGAAAAUCAGCUCUGACCCUGCAGUUUAUGUACGAUGAAUUUGUUGAAGAUUAUGAGCCAACAAAGGCUGAUUCCUACAGAAAGAAGGUAGUGUUAGAUGGAGAGGAGGUGCAGAUUGACAUUUUGGACACAGCUGGUCAAGAGGAAUAUGCAGCAAUCAGGGACAAUUAUUUCAGGAGUGGGGAGGGAUUUCUGUGUCUUUUCUCUAUAACAGAGCAGGAAUCAUUUCAGGCCACGGUAGAUUUUAGGGAACAAAUUUUACGAGUAAAGAAUGACGACACAAUACCAUUUCUCUUAGUGGGUAAUAAGGCGGAUUUAGAAGACAAGCGAUACGUCAGUGUGGAAGAAGCUCAAGAGAGGGCUAAACAGUGGAACGUACCUUAUGUAGAAACGUCAGCUAAAACUAGAGCUAAUGUCGAUAAGGUAUUUUAUGAUUUAAUGAGGGCAAUAAGAGACAGGAAGAUGGAAGCAAGCCGACAGACCAAUGGUAAAACUAGUAACAAAAAGAGCAAGAAACGAAAGUGUACCAUUUUAUAACCAUUAAAACUCGACAAAUUUCACUCCAGACAUUGGUCUUGGUCCUUGUCUUUGACGUACAGUUAUAAAAAAGCAAGGAACCAUAUUUGACCUUGAGAGUGCAUUACAAUCUAGGACAACUUCAAGGACAAAGGUCAUUCAGAUGUUGGAUUUAUAGUUUUACUCAAAUGGAUGCAUAUUUUAUUUUGCAAGUAUGAUUUAAUUUAUCACUAUAGCAGUGCAAAUUUUUAUAAUGUAUAAUGUCAUAAUGAUCACAAAAACUUGUCAAUCAUAAUUCAUAUGAACUUUAUUCACACAUGUAUAGCUAGUUUGUAUGGAGAUAAUGCUUUAAAUAUGUUUUUUAUUAACAUGAUAUUUGAACAGUCUUCAUCUGAAAGAGAUCAUUACUGUUUUAUACAUACAGUAACAUUAACACAAGUUAUGAAUCAUCUUGAUUGCAUGUGCUUUGAUUUUAAUUCUAUACUUUGAAACAUAUAUUGACUAGCUGGUUCAAUUUUGGAGAUUUUAAUGUACAUGUAUAUGUAUGCAGAAAAAUAGCAUUUCUGGUUUAUUUCAUAAAGGCUCAGUACGAUAAGUUCUUUAAAAAUGUUUCUGAAAGGAGAAAUAUGCUGAGAUUUUUACUCUGUCAUAGUACAUAUAUAUCUUUAAAAGAGAAUGUUAAGAGCAUUUGUUUUCAAAUUAAUGGUUCAAUCUACAUACAUCUAUUAUAUAACUUAUCUUGAAAAUGUUUGCUAGACCUUUGCCUGAAAAAUAAUAAGUUACGGUUUUCAGAUAAAUGAAACUACAGAUGGACAAGGGUAUCUUUACUUUAUUAUUGUCUUAAUAUCAGGGACAUGUCGACUUGAAUUGACUGUCCCAACCUUCUUCUAGAUAUCAGUCUCCAUAUCUGGAAUUCUCUGUUUUAUCAAAGUGAGAUACCAAGAUUUGUCUGUAGUUCUUGGUGUCAGGAAGAAGUCUGGUUUUUAUGGAGGCAUUUUGUUUGUAUGUAUACAAGGCAUAUUCUUUGCGUAUGCAAUGUGUAUUUUUUUGUUUGUAUACGAGGCAUAUUCUGUGUGUACACUGUAUACAAUAUGUAUUCUGUUUGUGUGUAUACAAGUGUAAAGCUUAAACAGAGCUUUUUUUAGCUCACCUGAACAGAGAGACUUGUAUGAAUCUCUUGCAAAACAUCCAGUUAUCUAAAUUUUGCCAGGUACCAAUAUUUUACAUAAAUUGUAAUUCUAAUGUAUAUUGUUUAUAAGGUAGACUUUAGUUUGCUUCACAAAGCCUAUUAAAUUGAGCUUACACAGGUAUUGUAUACAUAGACAGUGAUGCAUUGUCAUCAAGCAAGAAAAUUCUAAACUCUACCUCCAUAAGAACAGUGAUGGUCAGUUAUUAAUAUUCAGAAAGAUGUAACCAAUAACUGAAACAAUUCAUGUUACAUCUGCAUGUAUUAACUGUGACUGUAUAAAUGAUAAUAAGUGAGUUUUACCUGAUGUUUUAACAGUUAUAUUGUAUGCUUCUUUUCCAAACACUAAUUUUGAUGCUUGUAUAAUAGGAAUACCCAAAUAUGUGUAGUAAGGUUUUGAUAUAAAUAAUAAUAGUGGGCCAAAACCAUGUUUGUAAAGUUCUUGUGAGAACUUCACAUUAAAUUUGCUUGUAUAUUUAGUUCUAUUGUAAUUAUGGUCUUAUCUUGUAUAUUUACCUAGCUAAUGUAAUUUAUUGGUUUUUAUCGCAUGUCGUGCGAUAAAUUACAUUAUAAUAUUCGUUGCAUGCACUUGUAAGAACUUAUUUUUUGUUAGUUCUUUAUUACAUUCAUGUAUAUAUAUACAGCAAGUGUAAGAGAAAUACAACAUGAAUAUGAUUUCUAAUGAGUUAUGCUGACAUGCUGAAAUUUGCAGCUUAUUCAAGCAUGUGUCACCUUUAAAACUGGAAUCCAAUGAUGGAGAAAACCAAAAGUCUGAUGAUACUGGAUGUAGAGAAGCUCAAUCUGUUUGGAAGCUGGAUCUGAUAUACUACUGUUUAACUGAUUAAGUUUAUUUGUUAUUUUGUUAUAUACUUAGUUGUAACAAUGGUUUUUACUUUUUAGUUGCAUAAUGUCGAAAGGCAAACUACAUUACAUUGAUGUAAAGAAAAUGGUUCUUUUUUUUUUUUUAAGUCAAGCUUUACCGCCACAUUUAACCGGAGAAGCGAGCAGGAGUAUUCAAUACACAUUCAGACUCCUCAUGGUACACUUUUGAUUUUUCCGCUUGUGUUUACAAAAAUGUUACUUAAUGCGCAUGUGUACAAUUUUUAAAUCCAACAGCAGUUCUAUGCUGUGAAUUGCUGUACAUGACCUCAUUAUCAAAUCUAGUGGCUUUCAUGUGUGUGAUGUUUCAGUACCUAUUCGUUCUUUAUAAUUAUUAUGCCUUCAAUAUGCAUCUAAAAUGUACUGAAAAUAAAGACACCAUUAUUUAACUGUA